AUGAGCGAAGGACUACCCGACAUGAAUCUUAGCGUCGCUCAAUUGGACACAGUUACAGUGGUGAGGAAGGAAAAGGCCGUUGAGGAUAGUAUUCUUUUCUUGGGGAAAGUGGAAGGUAUCGUGGCGUCGCACACAGCUAUGCUUCCUGAGUUCAAAAACUGGCAAAAUCAAGCCAAACAAAUUAUCGCUGGUAGAGAACGUCCUCGUGUCCUUGUUGGAGUGCUUGGUUACACCGGUAGCGGGAAGUCGUCCUUGAUCAAUGCCCUCAUUGAUGAGGAGAUGGUGGUACCGGCUAAUGCCAUGCGAGCCAGUACUUCUGUUGUUACAGAGAUAUCCUGGAAUGAUUCAGAUGACCCAGAGAAGGCCUUCCGCGCUGAAAUAAAGUUCAUCAGUGAAACUGAAUGGAAAGAAGAGAUGGACAUAUUAUUGGAUGAUCUAAAAAAUGCAACCAAGGGAGAAGAUGUGUCUGUCAAAUCAGGUAGUGAAGCAAGUACGGCAUUUGCGAAGAUAUCUGCUGUUUGGCCCGGAGUCACUCUUGCCAAACUGAAGGGUAUGACUUCGGAUGAACUCUUUCAACAAGUCGACGGUGUAUCCAACAUACUGGAUUGCAGUUUAGAAAUUUCGGACCGUAAAGCCAAGUCAUUUUCACAGCAAAUCAAGAUUCACAUCGAUUCCAAUAACAAGCAAAAAUCCUCGACAGGAAUAUCCUACUGGCCUUUGGUACGUUGUGUUCAUAUUUACACAAGAGCUGAGAUUUUAAGACAUGGCCUCGUACUCGUUGAUCUACCCGGCCUUGGAGAUUCCAAUACUGGCAGGACACAGGUGGCAGAGAACUAUGCCAGAAACCUCACAUAUGUAUGGAUUGUGGCUGAUAUUGUUCGUGCGAUUGACGACCAAGUUGCGAAAAAUUUGAUGGGGAAAUCGUUCAGGAGACAACUACUCAUGAAUGGCAAAUACGAUGAUAAGUACGUCACGUUUAUCAUGACUAAGACGGAUAUUAUCAACAAUGAAGAGGUUAUCGAAUCUUUACAACUCCGAGCGAAGGAAUUGAAGGGUAUGAUAGCCCGAGAAGAAGAAAUUUUGGAAGAAAUUCAUGACGGCCAAGAAGCAUUGCUUCGAAAAUCUAUCAGAGUCAAGAAGAUUAAAAUAGCAUUAAAACUACUCCUGGAGAAUACCAAGUUGGCAAAAGUUGGCAAAACUACUCCGCGCAAGCGCAAACAUACUGAGGCAGACAUAGCAGAAAAGGGGGAGCAAUCAUCGGCUAACUCGACAACCUUGGACAAGCAGAUAUCGGAAAAGAGCCUUUUGAUUAAGAAGAAAGCUGACGGUGUCAAGACGAUGAAGACUAUGGAAAAGAAGCUUACUGAACUCAAGCUUACGCUCAAGUCGACCAGGAAUGAUAUAAAAGCUGCCUGUACCCAAGCUCGGAACAAGUAUACCCAAGAGCAUCUUAAGAUGGAUUUUGAGAUGGAUUUUGAGAAUGGGCUCCGAGAGUUGAAAGAGGAUAUCUCUGAUGAUCUUAAUGAUGGGCACAAGCCUGGAAAUGAGGAUGGUGCUGAGAAAGGUCUUAUUGACCAGCUACAAGUAUUCUGUGUGUCUUCCAAAGGUUACCAAAGACUUUCUGGACGCUUUAAGCGUGAUCCAAUGUCUAAAGGAUUUACGACAGUAAAUGAGACCUUUAUUCCAGGUCUACAGGAGUAUGCAGCAGCGUCCACUUUGACCGCGUUUGGUCAUGCUUUGGAGUUUGCGAUGAAGCGUAUCCGCGAGAUCAUCAAAGCCGAUAUACUGCCAACAUUACAGGACUGCAUUCGAGCAAGCACAGCAAAGGCGGAUACCUCAUACCAGACUUGGAAGGUCAUCUGUCGUAGAUUCGGCAAAUUCAACAACAAGAAACAUGUCGAUUAUGACUGGAAUGGCGUUUUCCUAGAACCAUUCUUGGGACACCUCGCCAAAUCAUGGGACAAGGUGUUCAACUCCCAAAUGCAGAGUAUUCACGACAAAUAUGCUGGAACUUUAAUUAAAGCGAUCAAAAACUUUUCAAUCGAUAUAAAACCUCUACUUCAAAGCAUUGCGGAGGCUUCAGCAUCAAAAUCGCCCAUCGAUUUCUUAGCCAAGAUUCCCUACUUGGAGAGGAAAACUAAGACCGCAAUAUCCGCGUCUUUAAGUUCAACUCAACUUCAAGGGCGAGAAAUUCAUAGAUCGGUUGAGCCGGUCAUCAAUAACCAUCUGCGUCCAGCAUAUCAAUCUUGUAGCCAAGAAUCAAAUACGGGAGCUCUUGCUCGUAUGAAAGAUGUCCUUCUCAAACACAUUAGGAAGAGCAACCAAGUAAUGUACAGCGAGUCUUCUAACUUGCUCGAAUCAAGACUGAACAAGAUGACGAGCAAUCUCGAGGAAGUAUUGAUUGCCGCUCAUACCGACACAUCCGAUUAUCUCAAAAAAGAAAUUGGAGAUAUGAUCAUGUUGGCGGUUGCGCAAGAUGAUGAAGCUAGGGAAAGGGUAAGAAGUGUUCUGCGCAACGAAUUGACACAUGCGUUGAAUAUCUUGGAAGCAGCCUGGGUUAGAGGUGCUUCUGCCCCAGCAGAUAAGCUCAUCCCUGUGAAGACGGAUGGGAAGAUAGAAGGUGACAGUAGUGAGGACGAUGAUGACACUGGCGACAGUGAUAGUACUGCCGGAGCCGAAAGUAUCAGCGACGACGUCGAAGAUUAUUGA